UAAUUGACCGAUUAUAGUUAAUCAACAAAAGUUGAAUGAAAUCUAUAGGAAGAGGCCUUGUUUCAAUGGAGUUGAUAAACUUUUUAGUCGAUCAAGAAAAGUCGGACCCAGUCAAACUUUAUCGUUCAAGUGAUAAUUCAAUUGAUCAACUAUAAUCGGCUAAUUAAACUCGAUUCGUGAAAACGCACCUUUAGUUCAGCAAUUACAAUCGAUUGUUAUUGUUAUCAACAACUGUUAUCAUAAAUAAAUUUGGUGUCAACAAACUUUGUAAGAUUUUCAAUAAACUUACGUGAUUCGUGCUCGUUUUUUUGUUACCAGAAAUAUUCACCAAGCUGUAAACACAUUUUUUACAUUAUGGAAUUAAAACAAAAGUCAGCUUGUUGGAGUUCGAUUUUUAUUCGAUUUAAAAAUCGUCUAUUCGUUUGAAAAUAUUUGACUCCCUGUGUGUAUUCCUACAAAAUGCACGCACUUCUCUGCUUUCUUUGGUUUAAUUCAGGGUUAAAUUGUAAUAUAAUAUGUGGGAUUCUUGAACCGUGAAUUUUAAUACUGUAAAACCGGUUAUUUCCUACACAGUACAAUACACUACAGUAUGGGAUAUGACGAAGAUAACGCCAAGUUCAGAUGAAGCUCUAUGUACCCAAUAAAUCUCUCAACUCGUCUGAACUGUAAAAUAGUUAAUUGAUUAACAUGUCUAUUUUGCCAGAAAAAGAAUCCCUGAAAUUUGAUGUGAACCUUUGCGGUGCUCCUGAAGAAAUUGUGCAUUUAGUGGAUAACAUAAAACAAGUUGGUGAACAGUUUUUAUAUCAUUGGAAAACAUUUCCAAUUGUCUUGCCACCAACAGCCAUCACAACUAAAUGUCAAACAAACGUAAACGACUCUUCGUAUGGAACUGCUAGACGCAGUGUUGCUUCAUAUCGUUCGAUCAAUUGCCGUGACUUAUUUAUACCGCCUUCAUUUGAUGAGUUAGAUGCAGUGGCUGUUAAUAGUAAAGGAGAAACAAAGCACUUAAAUAACAAGCAGUUAGAAUCACUUCGUGAACAAGGUCUGGACAAGGAUGUACACGGAAAACCAAAGAUGUUAAAUGCAAAACAAUUGGAUACUAUACGUAAAUUGGGUGAGUUUGAAGUAGCUAGUAUAAAUUUUGCUGGUCAAUCACACAAAUGGAGAUUAACCGAAUGGUUACAAAAAGGCACAGAGAGAAAUCGUGAAACGCUACUCGAUGAUUUAGCAUUAGCCUUAAGAUUUGUUUUGGUGACAGCUAAAGCGAGGCUAAGUUCGCAUUUCUUCAGCGUUACAGAAUCUUUCAAAGCUAUUUUCAAUGGUGUCAUCAAACUUAUAGAUGUCGUGUUUGGCGUACCUUCUCUUCAAGCUCAUAAUUUGCCAGAAAAAAUAAGAGAAGAACGUUGCCGAUAUCUUGUAGCUGAACUAAUGUGUCGUCCUGAACUAGAAGAUGCUUUGGAUCACAUAAUCAAUUUUGUUCAAAAACAAUUGCGCCGAGCAGCAACUGAAAAAUUUGAACCAUCAAAAGAAGCAAUGUGUCCCCAAAUUCCUAUUCCCUAUAAGUUUUUAACACCAAAACGUGAAGAAAUUGAUUUAAGUCUUUUCAAUCGGGACAUAAUGAAAAAGGCGUUACCAAUAUUGAUGGCUGUGUUAGAACGUGAAACACGUGGCUGGUUUUUACAUUUUCGAGAAAAACUUAUUUACGAACUAAAGACUCAAAAAUUAUCAGAUGAAGAAAUUGAAAAAUCAGUCAAUGAAGCUGUGAUGAAAGAAUAUUUGCAUCGUGUUUAUAAAAGUAUAAUUAAUAAUAAUGAACUACAAAAGCUGGGCGGUAAUAUUCCAAAACUUCUCAUUAAUCAGGCACAGAGUAUUGUUUUGAUGCAUAGAGCCGUUGAAAACGUACAACGAAAAAUUAUGAAGCAAAAAAAUACAUUGAGUCAACGAAUGCAGUAUACCUAUCCAGUUCUAUCACGUAUAGGACCAUGGAUGAGAGAUAAGCAAAGAAAAGCAGAGGAGAGAUUUAUUCAUGAAUGUCAGUGGAGUGCACAUGAAGAAGCUUUAAUGCUUUGCAAAGAAUAUAAUUUAGAUCAGGCAAUUUACUUUUUACAAAGAGAUUUGACUUUUAUGAGAGAGAGAGAACCCGUGUUGGUUAAAGAACUAAGAGCUGUAAAAAUACCAACUAGAACAUUUCAUUGGUUAACACAAAUUUGGCAUCCAACUAACUGGAUUGUUACUAGAUCAUUUCAGGGACAAUCCGAAGUCAUACCAACUGUUCUGAGUUUGACGGCUACAGCAAUUACAACACCUCGAUCUAAUCCUAAUCAAGCCGUGUUUUUGGUGGAAAAGGAAAUCACAAGAACUACAACAACUAGAUGGCCGUUCUGGAGAGUUAUCAAUUAUUUUUAUCGCACUUGGACAUGGACAUGGAACGCAAUGUUUUUUUUUGGCGUGGUUAUACCGUGGUGUAGUCCUGUUAGUGUGCGGUCUUUAUUUUGUUCCGAAGCAUUUUUUCCAGAUUUAGAGCUCUCCCAAAUCAAUGGUACGUUAUUUCCUAGAAAAUCAUCACUUACUCCAACACUUUUAUCAAGAUUAAAUUCUCUGUGGAGACAUAUAUCCAAAAGUCGUACCCAUUUUGAAACCAAACCUGAUACAGGAUUUAUUGGUAAAGGGAUGACUAGACAUAUGAAUCGUUUUUGGAACUAUAUAAUCAAAGGAAUAUUUGGCACACUGGCUAUGAUGAUAUUUUUUCCGUUAGCCUGCCUUUUAUCGAGUUUUAUGAGUUUAAUAGUCGCUUUGACAGGUCCAAUAUGGAUGCCGCUAGUAACAUUGUUGUUACACGUAUUCAAUGGCUUAAUUUAUGAUUUAGACUCUCCGGCUGAAUGGAAAAACAGAUAUUUUGUUAUAGCCGAAGCAUUGGUUUGGAAUAUAGCUUUACAGGGUGUCGUUCAACCAUUGUUAGCUUGUGCUAUUGCAUUUGUAUUUUGUCCAGUUACUACAAUUGUUUUGUUUAUAGGAGCUCUUUUGAGAUAUUGGUUCCGUUUGGGUUGGGACAGUGUAAUUUUUCAUCUAGUGAUUAAAAAACGUGGCAGAGUGCCUGCAUGUGACAGCUUUAUUGUUAAGCGUGUUGCCGGCCCUGGUAUGGCUACCAAUUAUUAUUUUCAAAUUCGCCCUGAACAAGCAUUGGCCGCGUUAGAAGCGAAAAUGGAGUUGGACGAGUUGAAUGUCUAUCAGCAUCUCAUGGAGCAAAAAAUUCAUCAACCACAAAAAGACUUUGCACGAUUUGUUGAAGUAUGUUUUGGACCAUUUAGUGCACAUUUAGCUAAAAACGGAGCUUACCGGUUGUUAGAAAAAGAAUCUCAAGAUUUAUCCAUGACUCUUCAAGAUAAAUUAGAAAGACGAUUGCGCGAGCUUCAGACUGGCCUAUCAGCUAACUUGAAAUCAAAAAUUAGACUCACAUCAAUGGAUCUUAAAGUAACUAUUGCACUAGCAUCGAAAAUGUUAGAAGGCUGGUAUCCACAACAUGUGAUUAACAAAUUAUCGAUAAGCGAGGAAGAGUUUUGGGAAUCUAAAGGACUGUCUAUAAAUGACUGGUCAUCACUCGCCAUUGUAUUCUUUACUGAUAUAUUUAGUUUAGAUUUUUUCACACCUUUGGACGACGCAGACACUAAAUUUAAAUUAGAAACUGAUCAUAAUGUAGAUCUAUCACGAUUUUCUAAUGCAAUUCGUAAUACUGAUAUUCAUGAUCAUAAUUCGGAUAUGCUGGGACCAUUGUAUUCUACACGAGGGAACAUACAAAUACAAUCACCAUAUUUGGAAGUCACCGUGUUUAAUCCUCGCUCAAAAUUAUUGCAUUGUAAAUUUAAGAAAUUAGACAAUACUCGGAAUAGCAUUUCUUAUACAAUGUUGUUAGGUGGACGUUUCAAAUCAAAUGCUCACAAACGCAAAUCAUUUUCAAAUUCGAAUUCUACAGGCUCGCACAAAACAAAGCCAUAUCGGCCGUGGAAACGAAUUCAUCAAUCUUAUAUGGCGGAUAAACUAUGCAUACCGCUACCUGUACCUCAUCCUGCUCAUAUAGCACUGAUAAUUUACAACAGGGAUUCAGAAAAUCCCAUUUCCUUAGAGUCAGAAAACUGCAUUUCAAUUCUACGAGCCUUAGAAGAACGAUCUGCUGAUCAUACUCUAGCCGAAUACAUUCCGGCCAGUAGUUUUGAUAGCACAGAAUCUCAUAGUUCACUAACGUCGGCCAGUAUCGAGCCCGAAGAACAAAUUGUCAAUCCUUACAAUUGGCAACGUGACGAUUGGAUGUUACGAGCUGAACAAACUGGAGCAAUACGCGUAGAGUUGGCGUCACCAGAAGAUCUAAGUUUAGAUUCAGAAUCUACACGCGUUGUAUUCGGUACAUUAGGAACUACAGUAUGACUGAACUAGAAUUAGUUUCGAUACAUCCAUGGCGAAUGAACAAUAUUAAGUUUUUGAUAGUAAAAAAUAAACACCAAUAGAAGGUUAUUGUAAAGUUUAACACUCUAAUCAACUAAUCAUAGGAAAAUUGUUAUAGUAAUUUAUAGUAAUUGACAAACGAUAAUCUCCUCAUUAUGUAUACUGUUUGCAAAUUUUGUGUGUAUUCAAUACUACGCUACUAUUUACUUUCAUUAUACUUUACUCUAGUCACCAGAUUUUUAUAUCAUCUAUUUUUCUUUUUAAUAAUUUUCUUAUUUUUUAGACCUUUUAAAUGAGUAUCGAUGUAAUUAUUUGUCUUCUGUUAUUUUUCAUAUUAUAAUUUUGUAUGAUUUUCUCAUCUUCUAUUUUACUUUUCUUGUUAUUUUUAUGUUUGUGCCAAAGAUCUAAUUAUUUAGGUUGUAUAUUAUCUAAGAUGAGGUAUAUAAAACAAAAUAUGUUUAUUUCUAUUAGUUCCAAACUACAUUUCACAGUACUUAAAUGUUAAUUUUUUAUAAAAAUGUGUAUACUUUACUAAUACUGCUUACUACAUUAGUUACUAAAUAUAUAAUAUUCCUAUUUAUAAUUAUCUACGAGUAACAUAAAAUAAACUAAUUUUUAUUAAAAUGUUUAAUUUUUUUAAAUUUU